AUGCCUCGAGGUCAGAAGAGUAAGCGCCGUGCCCGUGAGAAACGCCGCCAGGCUCGGAGUAAGACCCAGGGUCCUGGGAGUGCUCAGGCCACUGCAGCAGAGGUUGAAGAGUCCCCCUCCUCUCCUGUUCCUGGGGGUACUCCCUCGAGCUCCGCUGCUGCUGGCACUUCUCAGGGAGUCCCAGCCCCUAGCUCUCCUGCUGCAGGUGUUUCAUGCCCAAGAUCUCGUGCAGGUGCCAGGAGUCGAGUUAAGAAAAGUAAAAAUUUCUCCCAGGCCUCAACCUCCACUGAGAGCUCUCGCAAAGAUCUUCUAACCAGGAAGGCAAGCAUGUUGAUGGAAUUCCUGCUGGAGAAGUAUAAGAUGAAAGAGCCCAUUAAGAAGGUAGACAUGCUGAAGCUUGUCCACAAAAGGUACAAGGAGGACUUCCCUGAGAUUCUCAGGAGAGCCUCUGAGCGCAUAGAGCUGGUCUUUGGCCUUGACUUGAAGGAAGUCAAGCCCAAUGGCCAAUCCUAUACCCUUGUCAGCAAGCUAGACAUCUGUGAUGAUGGAAGUAUGAGUGACGACUGGGAAUAUCCUAAGAGUGGGCUUCUGAUGCCUCUCCUGGGUGUGAUCUUCUUGAAUGGCAACUGCGCCUCCGAAGAGGAGAUCUGGGGAUUCUUGAAUAUUUUGGGCAUCUAUGAUGGGAGGGAGCAUUUAAUCUUUGGAGAGCCCAGGAAGCUCAUCACCAAAGAUUUGGUGCAGCAGAAGUACCUGGAGUAUCGUCAGAUACCCGACAGUGAUCCUCCACGCUUUGAAUUUCUGUGGGGUCCAAGAGCCCAUGCUGAAACCAGCAAGAUGAAAGUUCUCGAGUUUUUGGCCAAAAUCAAUGGAACCACCCCCAGUGCCUUCCCAUUCCAUUAUGAAGAGGCUUUGAGAGAGGAGGAAGAGAGAGCUCCAGCCAGAGCUUCAGCCGGGGCUGCCACUCCUGCCACGGGCAGUGCACGUCCCAGGGCACGUCGCAGGGCACGUCCCAGGGCACGUCCCAGGGCCAGUCCCAGGGCACGUCCCAGGGCCAGUCCCAGGGCCAGUCCCAGGGCCAUGGCCAGCAGUUCCUCCCACCCCAGUGAGGUCUGA